UAGAUUUUAUCCACUUUAUUAAUGAGGCAGGCAAGAGGCCCGGGUGAGGGUGUGGGGGGUUGCUUCUGCCUCACUGGGAGGAGGGGGUCACAGAGACCAGACCAAUUCAGAGAACCUCAGUCCUUGGCGGGAAGAAACUGAGCCCAAGUGAUCCUGACCAUUGCCAACAGCAGAGGUUUCGCCCACUCCCGGCUCCCAGCCCCAGCGGGCAGACAUGCAUGGGGUGGAGCAGCCCCUGGAGGCCAGUGGAGUGCGGGUGGAGGCGGCACAGAGCCGAGGAGCCGCCCCAGGAAGAGGGAGCGGCCUGCUGGGAGCCAGGGAGCAGCUGGCGCUGGCAGCAGGAGCCUAGUUCCGGGCCAUGGGGAUCCUGCAUCCUGAGCAGCACUGGGUAAGAAGCCGGGACUUGAGGGCCGGUAAGCAGGGAAGAGGAGAGCGUCGGCCAUCCUGGUCUCACUGCUCAUGGCUCAGCCCAAGGCUGGCUGUCCAUCCGUUAUGUCUGCAUGUCUGCUUUAGCCUUCUCAACUAGAGAGCGAAGAACAAGCCAGAGGCUGGUUCACAGUAGGAGUAUGGGGUGGGCAUCUGAAUGGGGCAAUGCCAGACUGCUGAGAGAUUGCCAUGGAGACAGAGGUGUGACUCUGGCAACAAAGACGGGACUCUAGAGAAAGGUGGGCCCAGGGAGUCCAAGAGCACCAAAGAUGGGUCCAUGGAAGCAGGGGUCUGUGGGAACAGGAACAUGGAGGCAAGAGAUGGGGCUACAGGGCAUAGUGACCUUGGGGCACAGAAAUGAGUCUUUAAGUAUAGAGAUGGCUUGUUCCGGGAGAGAUGAAACUGGAGAUCAAGAGUGCGUCUCUGGAGACAAGGACACGGCCACUGGAAGAGAUAGGCUAUAGUAGUGGAGCUGUUGGGAUAGGGACGUCAAGGAAGAAAAGAUGACCAACAGCUGGUCAUGGUGGUGUGAGUCUUGAAUCCCAGGACACAGGUCUCACAGGCAGGUGAAUCUCUUUAAGGCCAGCCUAGUCUACACAGCCAGUUCCGGGGACAGCCAAGGAGACUUACUAAAAAGGAGAGGAGAGUGGGCAGACAUGGUGAAGGCUGGAGUUGGGUCAGAAGUGGGUCGGGGUCUAUUCCAUGAGGCCAUAAACCAGGAAUCUGAUGCACUAGAAGGUGGGGAGCCGGGAGAUGAGGAAAGAUACUAAGAAUGUCUGACAGAUCAGUCGAGUUCCCGAAGCAGUAGACCGAUGUAGGGGCAGUGAGGACAGGCACAAGGCAUGGGACAGUGAUAGAUAAAGAGGGAUCUGAAAUGGCGCAACCAGGGUCAUGUGGAGGUUUCCUAGGCACAGAGCCCACAUUGUUACAUGGAUCGUGGUGUGGUGGGACCCUAGCCUCACUGUGUCCUCCUUUUAUCUACCUAGCCCUCUUGGCCACUGAUAUGAGCCCCUGUGGGCUUAACGUGAGCCUAGCGGACGAGGCAACAGCGUGUGCAACACCCAGGGUCCCCAACACAUCUACGGUGCUGCCAGGCGAUUCCGGCACAUCACCGGCGCUGCCUAUCUUCUCCAUGACCCUGGGUGCAGUGUCCAACGUGCUGGCGCUGGCGCUGCUGGCACAAGCUGCAGGUCGUCUGCGGCGGCGCCGCUCAGCUGCCACUUUUCUGUUGUUCGUUGCUAGCCUGCUAGUCAUUGACCUGGCAGGCCAUGUGAUCCCGGGAGCGCUGGUGCUUCGCCUGUACGCUGCAGGACGUUCGCCUGCUGGCGGGGCCUGUCAUUUCUUGGGCGGCUGCAUGGUCUUCUUCGGCCUAUGCCCACUCUUGCUUGGCUGCGGCAUGGCCGUGGAGCGCUGCGUGGGUGUCACGCAGCCACUGCUCCAUGCGGCGCGCAUGUCAGUGGCCCACGCACGUCUGGCACUAGUCGUGCUGGCUGCCAUGGCUUUGGCAGUGGCGCUGCUGCCGCUAGCACACGUGGGUCACUACGAGCUACAGUACCCUGGCACCUGGUGUUUCAUUAGUCUUGGACCUCGUGGAGGUUGGCGCCAGGCAUUGCUUGCUGGCCUCUUCGCCGGCCUUGGCCUGGCAGCGCUCCUUGCGGCACUCGUGUGCAAUACGCUCAGCGGCCUGGCGCUCCUGAGAGCCCGCUGGAAGCGUCGCAGCUCUCGACGUCUCCGUGAGACCACAGGCUCCGAUGAUCGCCGGCGCUCCGAAGAUCGCCGGCACUGGGGGUCCCGUGGACCACACUUGGCCUCCACCUCGUCUGCCUCAUCCAUCGCUUCAGCCUCCGCCACUCUCCGUAGCUCCCGGGGCGGCGGCUCGGUGCGCAGGGUUCGCGCGCACGACGUGGAGAUGGUGGGCCAGCUCGUGGGCAUCAUGGUGGUGUCGUGCAUCUGCUGGAGCCCCCUGCUGGUGUUGGUGAUGUUGGCCAUCGGGGGCUGGAACUCUAGCUCCCUGCAAAGGCCGCUGUUUCUGGCUGUGCGCCUCGCGUCGUGGAACCAGAUCCUGGACCCGUGGGUGUACAUCCUGCUGCGCCAGGCCGUGCUGCGUCAACUGCUUCGUCUCCUGCCCCUGAGGGCUGGUGCAAAGGAUGGCCCAACAGAGCUGAGCCUAACCAAGGGUGCCUGGGAGGCCAGUUCACUGCGUAGCUCCCGGCACAGUGGCUUCAGUCAUCUCUGACUAUGCCCAGAAGCUAAGCCAAACCACUGGGCAGGGCUCAAGGGUGUAGAGAGCUUCAAACACUAACUUGGGCGAUGUGUCCUGUGUGGCGGGAACACACACUGUGACCGCUCUUUAGUGAAAGAGGCUCCGCCCAGACGAGUACAAUUCUAACGUUGGCCACGCGGUGGCGCAGACACAUUAGGAUGUUCCAAAUAUCAGAGGUGGGAUCCUCAGGUCAGCAGCUCCAAAAGCAUGAGCACUACACUAAAUCCAUAGUUCUGAGAUCAGAGAUCCCCUCAAAUGCCGCGAGAUUUUGGGUCCACUUCCUGUCUCUGCCACCGCCUUGCAACCAAGCAUUCUCCUCAUUUUGUUCUCUGUUCUAACCUUGUACCCACUACAGCCUUAAAACCCCAACGUUCUCCACCAACACAGCCCUGAGC